UAAUUAUAUGUGAAAAUACUUUAGAAAUCAGUAUCAUAAAAUAAUAUCAGUGACAAUGAAUAAGUUUAGUAUACACAAGUAGUUGAAAAAAUUUGCCGGAGGACGUAAAGAAAGAGCAGACAGCCUCCCGGUGUCGUGUGGGCGACUGACUCACUGGACCACUAGUCAAAUGUCCUUGUCUUCUAUAUAAGACCUUAAGUUUAUCUAGUCCCUGAGCAAAAGGGCUUCAGAUUAUAGACCCUUCGUGUGUACAGUAUAUGGUCACGAGUGGACAGUCCUUGGACUCCUUAGAGUAUGUUGACCCCACUCAGUGUGCAAGACUCUUAACAUCAUAGAACCCUGGAAGCCAAGUUAAUCCCUUAAGGUCUUUGAUGCAUGAUCGUCGGAUAAUUAGACUUUGAGUGUACUGACCUUUGCUUCAGGGUGCCCGAGUUGUACCCGAGACCCUAAGCUCAUAGACUCGACGAUACACAGAGUGAUUGAGUCAGUGAUUGAGAGACGGCCGCCAUGGACCCCGCCAGGAUCCUGCAGAUCAUCACCAACAGCACGUGGAUGGUGACCAAGUUGGUGGGGAGCGACCCGGUGGAGUUCGACCAGCGGGAGUAUGUUACUGAGGUGCCGGAGAACACCACCCACGACCUACUGCUGCGUCUUACUGCCCGGGUCCAGGUCCCAGGUGAGGCGGUGGAGUACAGGAUCACGAAGGGUAAUGACGAAGGCCUCUUCUACCUGGACCCCAGGAGCGGCCGCCUUGCCCUCCUCCAGCCACUGGACUACGAGCGCACGCAACAGUACACGCUGCUAGUGGAGGCGAGGGCGGGGGAGGCAAGGAGUGAGGCGCGGGUGUUAGUGAAGGUGGAGGACCAGAACGACCACGCCCCUGUCUUCCCCAGGUCCCUCCAUGAGACACAGAUCACCGAGGAGGACGACCGACAUCUCCCCAAAGUCAUCCUUAAGCAAGUGACGGCGGUGGACGGGGACGCUGGACAGUACGGUCGCCUCACCUACAGCGUGACGGGUGAUGGCAUUUACAACAACGGGUCGCGCUCUUGUUUCGCUGUCGACCCUGUCAACGGCACCGUCCACGUGUUGAGGCCCCUGGACAGAGACCCCCCCAACGGACAGGCUCAGUGGCGGCUUCAGGUGACGGCGACGGACGGACAGCUGGAGACGCAAACCGACGUACGCGUAAACCUGAAGGACAUCAACGACAACGCCCCUUACUUCCCUUCCCACACCGUCAUCGCUUCCGUCUCUGAAGAUACGCCUAAAGGUGCGUCUGUGGUACAAGUAGUGGCCAGGGACCACGACGACCCCCUAGAGGCGGACAACGCCAGGGUGACGUACUCAUUGGAAAAGAACGCUGUCGAUGAGUCGUCCGGCAGUGCCAUCUUCAACAUAGACAGUCAGCUGGGACUCAUCACCACAGAGCUUUGUUGCCUCGACCGCGAGAAGACCCAGCGCUACACCAUCCAGGUGGUAGCUACUGACGGUGGUGGCCUCAAGGGUACAGGGACGGUGGUGGUGGAAGUGGAGGACGUGAACGAUGUGCCGCCAAGGUUCUCGCGGCCUGAAUGGACAUUGGACGUGUCGGAGAGUCUCACCCCCGACCAAGUCCUGGCCACCCUCACUGUCGUCGACCAAGAUGUCUCCAACAACUUUUUCUACAGGGUGGUGCCUGGCAGUGGUGAUGGGUGGCAGAUGUUUGUGGUGGAGGAACGGAGUGGUGGAGUGCCAGGGGGGGAACUGAGAGCCGUGGAACCUCUAGACUACGAGGAUCCCCAACACAGACAAGAGUUCCGCUUCCAGGUGCAGGUCACGGACAUGGGUGAGGAAGGGUGGGGUGUAGUCGGGCACGUAGCAGAGACGUGGGUGACGUUGCGAGUGGUGGAUGUGAACGACAACGACCCCGUGUUUAGCGAGGACCUCACCCGUCUCACCCUGCCGGAGGAUACACCGCCGGGCACCCUCCUCACCACCUUCACCGCCCUCGACCCUGAUCACGGAGGACAGAGUCUGGUGCAGUACAAGAUAGCGAAGAACAGUGACCCUGCACGGCAGUUUAGUGUGGACGGGUCAGGGGCUGUGUGGCUGGUGGGCAGCCUUGACCGGGAAACGGCAGCUACCCACAGUUUGCUGGUGUGGGCAGUGGACGAUGGCGUGCCGCCUAGGACCGCCACUGCCACCCUCAAUGUGAAGGUGACGGACGUGAACGACAACCCACCAUUCCUGGCUGAGCCGCGCGAGGUGGUGGUGGAGGAGAACAGCGGGGCGCAGGUGGUGGCCCGGUUGAGGCUGGGGGACCCUGACGACUGGCGCCAGGGUCACGGUCCACCCUUCACCCUAGCCCUUGACCCUAGGGCGCCUCAUCACGUCACCCACACCUUUACUGUCACACACGACAAGGGAGGGGACGAGGGGCGCGGAGUAGGCGUGGUGUGGGCGCGGGCAGGACUGGACAGGGAGGAGCACCGCUUGCUGCUGGUGCCGCUAGUGGUGGGGGACGCUGGGUGGCCGCCUCUUUCCGCCACCGCCACCCUUACCGUCCACGUCGCUGACCUCAACGAUAACCCCAUGACACCUGCCGCCAAGACCGUCACUGUCCACACUUUCCAGCAUCAGGGGGUGGCGAUACCGCUGGGGAAGGUGUACGUGAGUGACCCUGAUGACUGGGACUCAGCGGACAAGACCUACAGCUGGCGACACCACCAGCCGGGCUUCCUCCUCCACACAGCCACCGGGGCCCUCACCAUGACUCCUGACACUCCUGACGGCCGGUAUGAGUUGGGAUUCAAGGUCAGUGACCCCACCCAAGGUCAAAUGGAUAUUGAGGCCAAUGUGACAGUUCAGGUGAACACCCUCGACCCCCGUGACGUCAUCGCCGCUACACCCCUCACCCUGGAAGCUGAUAGCCACCGGGUAGUGAGGCAGGAAGAGCAGGCAGGAACAUCCAUACUGAGCAGACUGGUGAUGGCGGUGCGGGUAUUGGUAGAGGGGAGUGGUGAGGGUGUGCAGGUGGUGUCGGUGGAGCAGCUAGAGGGACACACCACUAUACCCACCACCCGUGUCUGGCUCACUUCAUCCAGGAUUGCCAACUUUGAUCAUCUUUUGAUGUACCGCAAAUAUGAGUUAAGCCAAGCCAUAGGUGUCAAUAUUAGAGAUGUUGGCGUGGUCAACUGUCACCAGGCCAACAAAGAGGACACCCAGAAAGCUCACCUUACUGUCCACGUUGCCGGGCGGGAGUUGAGGCGGUGCAUCAGUGGGUGCUGGGCAGCCCUGGGCAAGGGGUUCAGCGUGGUGGACGCAAACACGUCAGCCGUGGUGGGUCCUAGGAUGGAAGUCCUCACUACCUGUGGCUGUGAUAAUCCCACACCUGUCCAUCACACCACCUGCACCCCCAACCCCUGUCUCAAUGGUGGCAGGUGUAUGGCCACAUCCACAGGCACUAGGUGUAUCUGUCCCCACCAUACUUGGGGUUCCCGCUGUAAGAUGGUCACCAGACACUUUGAGGGUGGGGGCGGGCAGGACAGCGGAGGUGGCAUUAAUGGGGUCACCUCAGUGGGUGGAUGGGCAUGGGUGCCACCCAUCCCACCCUGUACCAAGGUCCACCUUAGUGUGGAGGUGCUCACCAGGUAUGGGACAGCUAUGCUGCUGUACUCCGGGCCAGACCAUGGAAUGGUAUCCCCAGGGAAUGAGUUGGUGGCCGCUAACAGCCUGCUGCUGCUUGAGCUGCGUCAGGGCCAUCCCUACCUCCUACUGGACCUGGGGGGUGGUCCCAUCACCCUCAUCCUCAACGCCUCCUAUUCCCUCGCGGACAACACUUGGCACAGGAUUGACAUCAUCUGGAAGGACAAGACAGCAGAGAUGAUUGUGGACGUGUGUACAGGUGGUAGCUUGGACGACCCGCCCACACCACCUUCCAGUUCCUCUCAGAACCACUCAGCCCCUCCUACCCACCCAAAUGCCCACACCUGUCGGGUUAUUGCCAGAUUGCCCCGGAGUGCCAACGUCCUCAACACUGGUGGGCCAUUGCAGGUGGGGGGACUGGCCCACCCACCUCCAUCCCAUACCCUACAUGGUGGCCCACUACCCCUCCGCCCACCUCAUUUCCGGGGAUGUAUCAGGAACCUAAGAGUGAACGGUCAGUUGGUGGACCUGGGUAGUAGGUUACUGAGCCACGCCAGCUCUCCUGGGUGUCCUGCUGCUGACUGCCUCUCUAAUAGCCUCUACUGCGGCCUUCAUGGCAGAUGCCAGGGUUCACCUGGUUCGCUCUGGUGUGAGUGUCAGCUUGGAUGGACAGGACCAGGUUGCACCACACCUACCAUGCCCACCACCUUCCUUUUGAACAGCUAUGUCAAGUUAGCGCUCUCCUUUACCCCUCUGGGCUACACCACUUCCAUUUCCCUCAGGUUCAGGACAUGGAGGAGGACAGGGCAGCUGGUAGUGGUGACAUCGCAACAUGGGCGUGAUAGUUGGUCAGUGGAGGUGAUGGGUGGCCAUCUGUGUGUGAUGCUGCGUCUCCAGCCUCGACCCCCUACCUCCCUCUGUCUCUCCAGGACCUCUCUCACGGAUGGCCGCUGGCACUCCCUCACAGCCACAAGGUAUGGGUCGGCAACCUUCCUCAUGGUGGACGAUGGGGACGGCAACCUAUACAACGCCUCCGUCGUGUUGGAGGGACGUCAACUGCUGGAAGUAGACAAGCAAGAAGGUAUUCACAUUGGAGGAUCGCCAGAGUUCUUGGAUGUUAGUGUCUUCAAUAUCCACAAGGAUUAUUUUGAUGGGUGUAUAGACGACCUGCGGAUCUCGGGUCAUGGUAUUCCGCUGCCGCCUGCGGUCAACAGCACAGCAUGGGGUCAGGCGAGUGUAUUGAAGGGCGUGGAACAGGGGUGUGGCGCCCCUCCUGCCUGUGUGAAUGUGUCCUGCAGGACUCCGCUUUCCUGUGUCGACACCUGGAGGUCCUACCACUGUGGGUGUGGUAAGGGACAUGUGCUGAGCAGCAGCCAGACCACCUGUGACGAUGAGGAUGAGUGUGUGUGGCAGCCCUGCCUCAAUGGUGGUUCCUGCUUUAACACCCAACCAGGCUAUGUGUGUGCAUGUCCAGUAGGGUUCAGUGGACAACACUGUCACCUGCCUGACGUGGGGGAGACUUCUCCAAAACUCUCCCUGGCAGCACUGGUGGCCAUAGUUGUGUGGUGCACCUUCCUCCUCUUGCUGAUAUGUGCUUUCCUACUACACCAACACCAGCGAAGAUCAGCACUACGCAGAGGCGCUGCAAAUGACAAAGAUGACAAUGUAAGCAGUAAGGAACAAGUGUCACCACCAUGCAACCACACACCUAACCUGCUAGAGCUGCAGCUGCUUAAGCCACCUAAAGCCAAUGGCCAGCCUGCCUGGACCAAGAACCCCAAUAUUGCAAAUGUGGACGUGCUGCAGGUGGAUGCAGCCUCAGAGACCAGCAGCAUGGAGGGCCAGAGACUAUGUAGCACCUUAGCUGUCUCCCCUGAAGGAGACAAAGAUGUAGGGACAUUUGAAGCAAGGAAACAGAAUGGUGCCAGCAAAAGAGGAGUGGGCAAUCCUCCAACUGGGGAUGAUCUGAGGAACUAUGCUUAUGAGGGUGAUGGGUCAUCUCCUGGAUCACUCUCUUCCUGUCUGGAGAGCUGUAGUGGAAGUGCCAAUUUCCUUGGCGGUUUCCGUGAGGUGGCUCACAUGCUCGAGUCCUGACACAUAACUGGCUCACAGUCCAUCCAAUCAGAGUCGCCCAAAACCACAAUAACUGCUGCUUCACGAAUCUCGACAAUUAUUAAUUCCUCCAGUGUGGGAGAUGAUAGAGCCACAUCCACUGUUUGCCUGGAUGCAAAGUCUUCAUCGGUCAGUGAAGAAUUAACAGAAGGUAUACUAAUGCCUGUGUCCAAGGCAACACCCGACCCAUCGAGUGCCUUUCACAAUAAAUAAUGUUGGCAGUGAAUGAACUAUGAAUAUAAACUGUCCAGAUAUGAUGUACAGUAUAGUGCUUACUGUGAUUUACAUUCUUAACAACUUAUAUAAAUAAUUAACUGAUGUGAAUAAUAUGUCAGCAAGUUCUACAUUAGUGUAUACUGUAAUGAGUGGAAAAAUUUCUCUCAAAAUACUAUGAACACAUGUCAUGAACUAGAACAGCCAUCACAUCUUUGAACACAAACUUUACUUGUACACUCGCUCCAAAACGUAUCUUAAGCGAUACAAAAACAAUAUGACACAAAGGAUGAAAGAUUUUGACAACCCUAUCGAGACAACAGGAGUCGAGAUGUCCAUUUUAAAGUUCAUCAGAUCCCUCCUUGAUAAUACUUUUUUGGAACGAGUGUACUCACACCACUACCACCUAUUAUCAUCCACUAAAAAUAAUAGAAAAUUGUGUAAUAUUGUUUUUGUGCUUCUCUGUCUUAGCCUCUUUCAGCUGCUGGCUUUCUGGUGUCUCCUUAUCAACAAAACUUAUCUUCAUUCUUUAUUGUAAGCUUGUAAUAUUUGCCACAGGUGUGAAAAUGACAUUAAAAUCAUUUGUGAUAAGUGAAACCCCAACUCCUCCUCAGGCUGAAUGACUGAACAUGGAUUUAUUGUUUUAAUGUGUUGCAGCAUUCUGUAUACUGUACUCAGUGUACUGUGUGCCACUUGGCAUGUGAGUAAAGACAGGCUAGUGAAGAGGUUUUCUGAUUAAUUGCAGUAAUAUAAAUUUACUAUAAAAUGGCAACAAAAAUAAUUAUUUUAUAAAAAUUUAAUAAAUGAAGAAAUAUUUGAUUAUCUGAAAUUUAUGGCAAAUAAUCCUAUCGUGUCAAUUUUAUUAUGUUGGGAAAGCAAAUUCUGUUGUUUUAACGAGAAACGAAAUGUGUGAGUUCAUAUCUCUAAACCCUGAUACUAGAGCGUUAAUUAAUAUCAAGAAGAAUACUUGUUAUAUAUUCAACACUUGCACACAUUCCUAGAUUAUGUAGUACAGGCAAAUGACCUGUUAAACGAUGGAUCAAUAUACGUUCGAUCAAUUUUACAAUGAUUAAAAAUUAACACCAUUUACGCGAUGGCUAAAAAUUAGUUUUACAAUGGUUGCUAUCUAAAUGCUUUCCCUGCAUUGUCACUAUGAAAAACUACUGUGCAAUAACUCGCGAUAUUCCGAGAUAUGAUGACGCAAUCUCGGAAUCACGUAACACGUGCGACUCACCCAGGAUGUGUGUGAGGUUCUACCCAUGCCAGAUGACUGCCAGACUAAGUAGUUGAAUGUGUCAUGUUGCCCUGAGGAUGGUUUGUGUUUGGAAAAAGCUAUUCUUUGUACAUAAAAUGCUCUAAUAUAUACUGUACCAGUAAAUAUGGGGAAUACAAAAAUUAUAAUAAUAAAUGAAAGAAAGAAUACUGCAUUGCCAUUUGGCAGUCUUGUCACAAGACGAGACAGAAGAGCCGUGAGAGAACUCAACUCCUUCUCUCCUUUUCCAUCUUGUUCUAGCUCCCACACACAUAAUAAAUAUUAAUCCUUUUGUGUU